CCAUCGGCAUGCUGUGCCCUAACCUGGAGUACCUGGAUGCGUCUGGUGUGCAGCUGACCAAUGUGUCUGUCCAGCAGCUCGCCCAAAAGUGCCCAAAGCUCAAGACUGUUUUGCUGAAAAGGUGUAGCGACGUCGGGGAGAAAGGGCUUUGGUGGCUUCUUCAUCUGUGCAAAUAUUUAGAACAUUUGGACUUGACUGAAUUGCACAAGCUAUCUGGUCAGUGUUUCCACAUGGCAGGAGUUCGGUUGCGUCGUCUCGUGCUUCGUGGCUGUUCAGGCUUGACAGCUACGGGGCUCUCCAAGAUAGCCACCAAGUGCUGCUUCCUGUCGGAGCUGACGCUGAGCGACUGCCUCCAGAUAUCGGACCACGACCUGCUUCUGCUGUGCCAGAACCUGAGGGCACUAAGGGUGCUCCACCUGUCGGGAUCAUUCCUCAAUUUGACUGGUGACAGUAUUGGCGCCAUUGGCCACUUGCCCCUCUUGGAGGAACUAAAUUUGAGUCACAACAAGGUUGUCAACGACGUGGUCAUCGGAGCCAUAUGCGCAGGCUGUACCAAGCUGAGGUUUCUGGACAUCACCGGUUGCCACCAGGGCAUCACUGACGUUGCGCUAAGCCACCUGUCACGGUGCCCUGGAUUGCGCCAGCUAAAGCUGAACUACUUGGGACAAAUCACGGAUUCCGGCCUGGGUAGCCUGUCGUGCCAGGGUUUGCUGCACAGUAUUGAACUUCGUGGAUGCCCGCAAGUGUCCGAUGGAGGUGUGCUGAUUCUCGUUGAACUGUGUCGUGAUCUGAGGCUGCUUGACGUCAGUGGCUGUGAGCUUGUGACCAACGCAGCUGUGACUGGUGCCAUGGAUAUCGUAGGCGAGCGGUCAAAUGUGCUGACCAUUGUCAUAGGUGGCACAAUUGUGGAACCCAACCAUCUUUACCUGGAUCCAAAGAGCAAGCUAAAGAUUGAUCGGCAUAACUUUUGCGUAGAACUUUACAGGCCAGACAGGCUGGAACGCAUGGCUUAUAAUGAUGACCAUGACUGGGAUGCAGAUCUGGAUGGCUACGAAGGUGACGGCGAAGCUGAAGCGAGAGCCCAUGACUACCUGGAGAAUGAUGAUCCCCUGUAUGAGGAAGAUUACAUCUUGUCGUGAUACAGCGUUCUGCAGAGUGGAUGACAUGCCUGGGCCGACGUAGAGGAGGCGUAGUCUCGCAGCUGUCCAGAUGUGCUGUGCUCUCUAUCCCUUUUCCACUUUGCUGUCCUCUCCAGUGCCACCCACCUAAAGCAUUUUGUGUGCCUCCUCCCUUCAUCGCAUAGAAUGGCUUCGACACAGUGUAAAUAGCUUGAGAAAGGGCGUUUGUUUGCACAUCUCUACAUUUUCCCAGGCACAUAAUGCUUCUGAGUUUGUCUUCUCUUCAGUUGUAGAAGUUGAAAGCAAUCCCAGUGUCUGCAGUCAAGUGCCGGCCUUUUAUUUCCCCCCUUGAUUGUUUGCCAGGAAAACAAGUUUGUGAUAUAGGUUUAGGCUUUUGAAUAGGAUUAGCACUGUUGGGGGACUUUUGCUGUUUUUUGAGUGGUGGACAGUGUACGAUGAAGUGUGAGGACCUAGGAGUUUGUUGUAACUUUAUUGUGCCAGUGUGAGCAGAACAGUUGUCGUGUGUUGUGUUAGCAAGAAAAAGGUUCCUUGUUGCUUCUUACAAUUUUCAGAAUAAAUUAUGUGGCGGGAAAGUUUACUUUUAUAAGAUGUUGCUAGGAAGGCUGCAUUUUUGCUCUUGUUUAGGAGGAAUGAUUAAGGGAAAAGGGGUCAGAAUGAUUUAUAUUUGAAUUUUCCCUGUCUUCUCUUUUCAACAAAAGGCACAGUUGCUGCUGGUAUUGAGCCAUUGAACAGAGUCUUCACGUUCAAGCUGUUAUGUGCCCACUUUGGAAUGUUGUUGCAAUUGGUUAUGAAGCUGUCCUGCCUCGCCAUCCAUCUGUGCAGGGGGACAGCAUUAGAGCUGUUACAUAAUCAAAUUUACCAAGUUACGUGUGUUCAGGUUAUUAGGACAUGUGAUUUCAAAGUGAGGACAUUAAUCUAUGUCUCUAAUUUUUCAGGAUGCAGCUAAGCUGUGUGCUUGUUUCCUAUGUCACCUGCUUCAAUAUUAGCAAGCCAAAACUACGCUCACUGUCUUCUGAUGCAAUCUCUCCCAUGGCAAAACACAACCAUGAUGUGUUUACUUUCCGCAAUAUAUAUAUAAAUGCGUGGUGCUUUCUAGGAUUGUUAUAUGUAUAUCACUGUUUUCAUUUGCUUCCUAGAGCUUUUCACCUACCAUUUGUCAGAUUGUCCCGUUCCACAAUAGCACCUGAUAUAUUGCCACAUAUUUUCUGGAAGAGCACUGGCUAAAGUGGUGCAUAUUUACUGUGACGUAAAAGUGACUGCUUGAAGUGCACUGUUAAUAGCCCACAUUCAUUGGUGAUUGCAGACAUUUGGAAAUCUUGCGGUUCUUUUUCCUUUCACAAAGAUUGCCGGAAGUAGGAAACCUCGCUUGGAUCUUGUUGCAGAGGGCACGGAUGCAAAUGCCAAAGCCUAGGGAAACAUGCAUAGAUGAAAAGAACCCUCCAAACACAUCACACUUUCUCACACAGCUUCAUUUAAGAGUGCAGCACAACAAAUGGCUUUUUCGAGUGUUUGUGGAACGCUGAUGUCUGCAUUUCCAGACUGUGCUUUUUUUGUUGUGGGUCUGAUGUCUGGCUACCACCUGUGUGGUGGUAGCCGCUGUUGAGAAGAGUUGUUGACUGCUGUACACAAUGCUCUAUUUUUCUCUCUCCUUGUUGUUUGCAGCAGCUGCGAAUAGAAGAAAAGUAUAAUGAGUAAAGGUGGGCGGCUUGCCCAUUCUUUGUUGA